UGAUAUCAAUUCAUUAAUUUAAUAUGUAGAAAUUUCAACUGUUGAUAUUUAAGAGAAUGGAGAAACUGCAGCCAGUAAAGGUGUUUUCAGGUGUUGUUUCUGUCCCUCUGGGUUGUUGUUGUUGUUGUUGUUCAUAAUUUAAUAAAAUCUUCUUCUUCUCCUCUUCCUCAGUGCGUACAUGGGUCGUGGGGGAAACCCUCUGUUUUCAGUUCAUGAUAAUCUGAGCCCCGUUGUGAGCGUGGAGCAGAACUUCGACAGCUUGCUGAUCCCGCCCACCCACCCGAGCAGAAAAAAAGGGGACAACUACUACCUGAACAGGAGCAGGAUGCUGCGCGCUCACACCUCCGCCCACCAGAGGGAGCUGGUGCUCUCCGGUCUCGACGCCUUCCUGUUGGCCGGAGACGUUUACAGACGAGACGAAAUCGACUCCUCGCAUUAUCCCGUCUUCCACCAGAUGGAGGGCGUCCGCCUCUACUCCAAUCACGAGGUACCUGAACACACCUGAGACAAAAACACACCUGUGAAAUGCUGCCAAUGGGACGCUUCCUCUACCUCAGGUGUGCCCAAACUACGGCCCGGGGGCCAAACUACGGCCCGGGGUCCAAACUACGGCCCGGGGGCCAAACUACGGCCCGGGGGCCAAACUACGGCCCGGGGGCCCUUUUGAAUCGGCCUCAGAGUCUUUUCGAUCAAUGUUUAUUCAUAGAGCCCAAUAUCACAAAUGUUACAUGUGUCUCAGUGGACUUCACAGUCUGUAAAGAAUAUCAAUAUGACACCC